AAAAAAAAAGAAAGAAAAAACAUGGCGACAACUGUUUUGGCGGUAGACUGACGCAAUCAUCCUCCUUUUAAGAAUUAACACUAAUUUUAGAAUAAAACCAAAAUGUUGUGGUUGUUUUUAAUACAAUAGUGUUUUGCCUUUUUCCUCCGAUUUUGUAAACGUAACGACUUCGUCUUUUUGCUUUAUUUACAAUUUGAGCGGCAAUCAGCUGAUGUAACAGGACCACUGCUGCUUUGGGGAAAAAACGUGAGAAAAAAACACGAAACUUAAUGAUGAAUGUUUCCUAAGCAUUUGAUGUUAUGCUUUAUGGUGUAGCUAACUGACUUUGUUGUGUUUUCAUUCAUUGUUUUGGUACACGCCGUCACACAGUUUAUAGUAGUGUUGCUAGGCGUGGGGAUUAUUGUAAUGCUACUUUCACAGGCUACACGGAAUGUGGGAUUUUCUACGAUCUGUCGUAGUAAUGUUUAUUAAUUCAGGCUAGAUUUGUGUGUGUGUAUGUGUGUGCUUGUUCGUAACAGUGACUCACCAUUGCCCAAAGGUUGAAUCACUCGCUGUAAGAACAAAGGGUCAUCUGAAGCCAAAUUAUGGUUUGGUCUGUCCAACACAACAGUAACGUCGGAACUGUCAAAUAACAUAGGUGGCAUUUCAGGUCAUGGACCUAUAUACCUAACAUGAUCUUUAAAUCAUUCAAAUGGCUGCGCUGGAGCCUAACGUGGUAUCUAAUUAUAUAUUAGUUAUGACUCUUACAACAGCAUUGCAAAAUUCCUACGUUCUUUAGGUAAACAGUGAAAGCAACAUUAGCAUCACGCUGAAGUCGAGUGAGCCACGUAGCUAGCUGCUAUUUCUGUCGCUGACAGUCGCUUUACCAGCCUUAUGGAUAGCUAAAUAUCGUCUUAAGUCACUGCUGCCACAGGCCUGCUCGCUUUAUCCUGCCCUGAACACACCUACGUGGACUAAUAUUCAAACAGCUUCACCUACACCAUCUGCUCAAAGUUUGUCCGCGCCUUGUGUCCAUCACACUAAAGAGGGAUCAAAUCACACAGCACCCACACACACAGCAAAUAUGGCCAGCAAGCUGUCCGAUUUUGGAAAAAUGCUCCUGCGUCGCCGUACUUUGGACUUUGACGCCGAAGAGACGCGCUUCGCCCGAUGUCUGUCCACCCUGGACCUUAUCGCCUUGGGGGUAGGCUCCACGCUAGGCGCCGGUGUGUAUGUGCUCGCCGGCGAGGUGGCUCGAGAGAAAGCCGGGCCCGCCAUCGUGCUGUGCUUCCUCAUUGCUGCACUCUCCUCCAUGUUGGCCGGCCUGUGCUAUGCCGAAUUCGGAGCCCGCGUCCCUAAGACGGGUUCUGCAUACCUUUACAGCUAUGUGACAGUCGGAGAGAUCUGGGCCUUCAUCACUGGGUGGAACCUCAUUCUCUCUUAUGUGAUUGGCACUGCAAGUGUGGCCCGCGCAUGGAGCUCCACAUUCGAUAACCUAGUCGAGCAGAAGAUCUCUGUUUUCUUUAAAGCCUCCAUGACCAUGAAAGUGCCUGGACAAGUGUUGGCGGAGUACCCCGACUUAUUUGCCCUCAUACUGGUGCUUCUACUUACUGGACUCCUGGCCUUUGGUGUGAGUGAGUCGGCGCUGGUGAACAAAAUCUUCACUGGUAUCAACUUGGUGGUUCUGGGCUUCGUGAUCAUCUCGGGCUUCGUGAAGGGCGAUACAGCCAACUGGAACCUGACGUUGGAUGACUACAACAGUUACCUUAACAAUACCAACAGCAGCACACCUGCAGCGACAAAGGAAUUUGGGACUGGUGGUUUUGCUCCGUUUGGCCUCGCUGGCGUCCUCUCUGGUGCUGCUACAUGCUUCUACGCCUUUGUGGGCUUUGACUGCAUCGCCACCACAAGCGAGGAGGCCAAGAAUCCAAUGCGUUCCAUACCCAUCGGCAUUGUGGCUUCGCUGCUCAUCUGCUUCUUCGCCUAUUUCGGCGUGUCUGCCGCCCUGACCCUCAUGAUGCCGUACUACCAGCUCAACACCCAGAGCCCUCUGCCUGAGGCCUUUACGUACGUGGGCUGGGCUCCGGCCCGCUACAUUGUGGCCGUAGGCUCCCUCUGCGCUCUGUCCACCAGCUUGCUUGGCUCCAUGUUCCCCAUGCCCCGCGUCAUCUACGCCAUGGCGGAGGACGGGCUGCUGUUCCGUGCUCUAUCUAGGAUGAAUGUUCGCACCAAGACACCUCUGCUUGCCACAAUCGUUUCAGGCAUUGUCGCAGCUCUGAUGGCCUUCCUGUUCGACCUUGCAGCGUUGGUUGACCUCAUGUCCAUCGGAACUCUGUUGGCGUACUCAUUGGUGGCCAUCUGUGUCCUAAUCCUCAGGUACCAACCAGGCACCUUGAACUCGUCCAGCCAGACAGAGAAGCUGGUGGAGCUGGUGGAAGGCGAGAAGGUGGCAGUGAGCGGUGGGGACAGCGGUGACGAGUACACUGAGAAUGAGGAGAAGCCCCUCCGAGAGGUUUUCACCUACAGGCUGCUCUUCUGCCCGAGCGGCAAGACCCCCACGCAGACUUCAGGGAUGAUCGUCUACGCCACCACUGCCAUCAUUUCGGUCCUUAUCACCGUACUGUGCAUUAUCCUGGCCAACUUCCUGCAGCAGCUGCUGAACGGACAAGCAGUCGUAGUGGCGUCUUGUGUCAUUUUGGCUCUGCUGUGCGGCGUCUGCCUUAUCAUCAUCUGCAGGCAGCCCGAGAGCAAGGAGGCCCUGACCUUCAAGGUCCCUCUGCUUCCCUGGUUGCCUCUCUUCAGCGUUUUCGUCAACAUCUACCUCAUGAUGCAGCUUGACAAGGGCACCUGGUGUCGCUUCACUGUCUGGAUGGUCAUAGGUUUUGCCAUCUACUUCUUCUACGGCAUCAAGAACAGCAGCGCUAAUCAGUCGUCCCCGCGCAGAUACGAGCCGGCUCUGCAGUCCAAGAGCCCCAUUUACAAGGGGGCCCCCGACGACAGCGACGUGGAGGGGGGCAGCAGCCCCUGAUACCGACCGACGUGGUCCUGGAGAAGGUGGCGAGGGGGCGGAGCUUGAAAGAAGGGAGGAGGAGGAGGAGGAGGCCACACAUCUUUACCUCUAAACUUGACGGUUAAGACACUGUGAGGUGUCACUCUGUAGUCUGUGUGUUUGUAGUUAGCCACAUUGCCCCCCCCUCUCUUAACUCUUUGAAAACAACCUCGCUCAGAAAACGAGCGGUUGUGACGUCACUCCCGUGAGGAUCACUUUCCUUCCUUCUUUGUCUCCGUGAGUGGAGAUGAACUUUUAUCAUUGUCGAGUUGACGACUCGAUCGCACCAGCCUGUUGGUUUGUGUCUGCUGUGCGUGUACGUGUGUGUAAACAGGGUAGCGCUAAAGCUAAUAGGCUACAGUCCAUACUGAACUUAAUGCUGUGAGGUCGAUAGCACAGCAUCCACGUUGAUGUCAGACACUACACCUCAGACGUUUUCCAUAUCAGACUUUUAAAAAAAAACAAAAAAACCCAUCAUUUUAAAAAUACAAUCAGCGUCUUGGGUCAAACUUGACGUUCCGACAUGGUUGCUGCAUUUGUUACUCAAUAUACAUACCGUACAUCCCUCCCUCUGCCAUUAAGGUCAUUGACUUUCACUGUAAUCUGAGGAUUAAAGGUUGGAGUACAACCUUUUAAUUAUUUUUAAUUGAUUUAAAACACCACAUUUCCACUGCACGGUAGCUUAAAACAGUCGAGAGAGAAACUGCAAUAACCUAAGUGAACGCAUCGUUCGAAGCACAGAGGACGAGAAUGAUGUAAGUUAUUUCACCCAGCCAGGCUUGGGUGCCAUUUCCCUGGACUUUUGGUUUCAAGCAUGCACCCGUUAAUGGGGGCGGCGCUGCAGACAAGUGGAGAAUGCAGGGGCACGGCAACUGGAAUGUUAAAAAUGUUGGCUUGCUUAGAACCCCAAUCUGACCAGAAACAGAAAAGCGCCACCUCCUCAGCUCCAAACUGCAAUAAACUAGCCUCAUUGAAUGCAUCACAAGGAAAGCCAACAACGAAGGAUGGAGAAUGACUUGGAAGUUUAUUCGAGAGGAGACUAAGGGCGCGCUGGGCCAUUUCAUCCAUGCCAGACUUGGACGGCAGUUGUCAAGUGUUCCCAAAGUUCGACACUGACUGCGCCCCGACCGAGGUUAGCAAGAAAACAGGAGUGUUGCAGCAAAAUGGGCGACUGUGGAGCAUAAUACUGCAGCGUACAUAGUAAGGCACAGCAACUGGUUAGUGGCCAGCAGUGGUUUGCGUCACCCACAUGGUGUCAGCCCAGCUCACCAGAAAUAGUACCUGCUUUUACCAAUGGAAAAGCACUGACAGCGAGGUAGGUACUGUGCAGUGGAAAAGCGGCAUUAGACCCCCAAAACAAAGCCUUGAACUGUGUUGAAAUAUUUAAAUAUUUAAAUGUAUUUGUUUUCUCAGUCAAAAAUUGAGUGGGGCACUUAUGGAGGUCAUCAACCACUGAAGGGGUGAAGUGUGGAAGAUGAGGGCAUUUAUGAUAAUUUGCCUCAAUGUUCAUGACUAACAUUUUUGUUGUUGUUGUUGAACUGAGUUUUGUUUCAAUUGAAACUUGGCAGCUUUGUCUGUUAAGUACUUUUACUUACUCCAGUAGAGUGGUCCAUAUUUAAGUGUAUAAUAAUUUGGGGGGGGGGAUUCUUACCACAAUCAAGUUGCUACGUAGAGACUGUGAUUGUUUUGUUUUUAAAACUGCAGCAUGUACAUAUUUUCCCGAAAAUGGGUCUCAGAUUAAAUUUAUAUGAGUAACAAAAAAACACUGUAUACUAUGUUAUUUGAUCAAGAAAAAUUUGGUCUUUUUUGAUUCAUGUUGUGAUAAAUUAAUGUGUGUAGCUUUCCUAAUCUUUCAGUUUUUGUACAGUACUUUUUGGGGUCGGGCGACAUUGAUCCUUAUCCUCUUUGACCAAAAAAAAAAAAAAAAAAAUUUCUGCUUCUGAGGGAAUGACCUGAGAGUUGGUCAUUUUAAACCCACCGCUGAGAGUCAAAACUCGUGUGCUUUACUGUAUUGUACAGUAUUUGUGUAAAACUUUCUAUAAUGCUGUAAAUGAGACAAAUGUAUCCCCUGCCCAACUAUACUGAAUGCUGCUGAAAAAAAGUUUGUUUUGUAGAUGAUUUGAAUCAAUAAGCAGUGCCUAAUAAGCAUCUACAUGACAGGAAAGCACCAAGGCUGGUUGAGCUUUAAAAAAAACAACAAAAAAACGUAUCAUAGUCCAAAAUGUUACUUGAUGCACCUAAAACUCAUCUUUGCACCAGCCUAGUGCCUUCCUCAAUUAUCAUUACCCCUCCUUUAUUUUGCUUCUUCAAAUAUUUGUUUAAUAAACUGUACAUAUAGCUGUCAUUUACUUUUGAGUGUUUUUUUUAAUAAAAUGACUUAAUGGCUAA